UGCCCGGCUGGCGGCUGCUUCUUCUGGGGCGUCGGCUUUUUCUUCGUCCGCUCACUCCGGAGGGGGAUACAGAGAGAGAGAGAGAGAGAGAGGGAGAGAGAGAGAGAGAGAGAGAGAGGGAGAGAGAGAUAGAGAGAGGGUUGACCGGGGAGACCUGGGACACGAUGUGGCGAAGGAUCGCGGCUUCUCUUCAUACACUGACGGUUUCUGCUGCCCUCGCCGGAAGGUCGAAGGAUGGCGCGCUGAUUCGUCGAGCGGCGGCGGCGGCUGCAUCGUCGUCCUCGUUGUUCUCUCCAGCGUCCCGGAGCACACCUCGUUUCUUAUCCCAGCAGGCAACCUCCGAUGCAGAAACUAUUCUAUCCAAGGGGAAGAAACGGGUGGAAGAUGUAAUGCCUAUUGCAACUGGGCAUGAGCGGGAGGAGUUGGAGGCUGAGCUAGAGGGAGGAAAAAGGUUUGACAUGGAUGCUCCUACUGGUCCAUUUGGAACUAAGGAGGCACCUGCUAUUGUGCAAUCCUACUAUGAUAAAAGACUAGUUGGAUGCCCUGGGGGAGAAGGCGAGGAUGAACAUGAUGUUGUCUGGUUUUGGCUUGAGAAGGACAAACCAUUUGAAUGCCCUGUCUGUUCUCAAUAUUUCCAGCUUGAGGUGAUCGGUGAAGGGGGCCCUCCGGAUGGCCAUGGCGAUGAUGACCAUUGAGAUUGCAGCCAAAGAAUUUCAUCUUUCUAAAUAAGCCGACAAGACAUGGAGCUUAUGUUGCAGUCUGAACAUCAUCCGUCUUUUCCAAACUGUAGUUUCAUUUUACCUUUUUGCCCCUCCGAUGCAGCAACUGUUAUGUACCAAUUUUUAGUGCCUUCCAAUUUGUGGGUUCUAGUGCCUUUCAUAUAUUUCAACAGUCCAGAUUCAUAAAUAAUAAUACACUAUGAGUUUGUUCUCCUUCCA